GGCAAAAAACUGGUAAUUUUCUAACGACUAAACGGAUUAAUAGCUAAGACAAUAACACAAAGUUAAUUAUCAUCAUCGAUAAAUUACGUUAUCGUUCGUAAACCAUAAUCAUUUUAUUCGUUUGGGAGCAAUGCUAUGAUGAAUGCCACAGCCAAUUGUCAAAUUUACCUAUUAUAAUAAAUACCCCUCGUUUUGUGUCGAUUAAAACAUUUGCAGUUUUGGCAGACGCAUAUCUUCUGUUGCACAAUCGGUUAUUGUUAUCGGAAUUUUCGAAAUAAGUUAAUUCCUCAUGAAUGAGGCAUGGUCGAACGUGCUGAUGCAGUGGCGGAGACACGUCGUGGCUCGUGUAUCAUAAACAAACGUGCUCCGAAGUGCAAAGUUGCAGAUCUUCAGUCAGAUCAGUUCGCGUCCGGCUGCCGAAUACAUGUGAAGUGCGAAUGGACAAAAAUGUGCAAGUGAUUGUUUUAAUUAUUAAAACAGAUCCACAUAAUGUCUCCAGCGACGAAAACAAAAACAACUCAUUUAGAAAAACCCGAAUUCGUGAAAAAUCUUACACAAUGCAGAGUUUGCCAUGUCACACAUAAGCCUAUUGAAGGGAUUGAGUGCGACAAUAACAAUAAUAAUAUAGAAAUCACAGAUACACAAAUAAAUGAGCACUACCAUUCCGACAAACCUUUAAUAAGGAUACCGGAACUCUCCUGGCUUCGACGAUGGGAGCAACGGAUGGGUUUCGAAACGGAACUUAUCUGGUUGAACAUUAUAUCCAUAUCCGUGUUACAUAUCAUCGCAGUUGUAUGGUUCGCUUACAAUUUAAUGACCGGUCACUUCCCGAAGUGGCAAAGUGCAGUCUAUGGUUACUUCGUAGGCAACGUGGCCGGGUUUGGCGUUACGGCCGGCGUGCACCGGUAUUGGUGUCAUCGCUCCUACAAAGCCACGUUGCCCCUGCAGUGGAUUCUGAUCAUAUGUUACUCUGUGGCCGGACAGAACCCCAUCCCCGACUGGGUGCGCGACCACCGCGUACACCACAAGUUCUCGGAGACGUCGGCGGACCCGCACGACGCGCGGCGCGGUUUCUUCUUCGCGCACGUCGGCUGGCUCAUGAUGAGAAAGCACCCGGACGUCGUCCGCGAGGGCCGCAAGAUCGACAUGAGUGACGUCACCCAAGACCCACUUGUGCAGUUUCAUACGAAACACUUCAAACUGUUUAAGACUGCGUUCUGCUUCGUACUGCCGACGCUGGUGCCCGUGUGGGGCUGGGCCGAGAGCUGGGAGUACGCGAUACUCUCUCAAGUGUUCCUGCGUUACCUGAUGAGCCUGAACUUCACGUGGGCGGUUAAUAGCUUCGCGCAUCUGUGGGGCAAUAAGCCUUACGACCCGAACAUCACGCCUGUUGAAAACUGGGGCGUAUCUGCCGUCGCGCUGGGCGAGGGCUGGCACAACUACCACCACACGUUCCCGUGGGACUACAAAGCCGCCGAGCUUGCCUACACCCUGAACCUCACCACGCUGCUGCUGGACGGCUUCGCGAAGAUCGGAUGGGCGCACAACCUCAAACAAGCCUCACCACAGCUUAUAAAGGCGGUGGUCGAAAGAAAACACAAACACUAACCUAAGAAGAUAGUGGACGACCGCUUCUCCAUACAAAUGUAGUCCCCAUUUUCCUCUCCGGACCAUGGAAAUAUGUUAUCACAAUUUAAUGUAUUAUUAUUAAUCAUCCUCCUUGGUUGGCUUACUCAACCGCCUGCGAACCCCGCCCGCUUAAGCUCUGGUUUCCUAGGAAAGCGAUGCCAUCAUAUAGCGGCCACCUCCAUACAAAAUAAUACGACUAAAUAUGGAUGGAGUAGUAUGUUCUAUGGAGACGGCCGCUAUGUUACGGCACCGCUAUCCUAGGAAACCAGAGCUUAAGCUAACUUUAUGUUUUCUUUGGUUUCACUGAUUAAACCUUCACGAGUUUUACAAAUUAGGUAUUAACUCAUAGAAACGGGACUUAAUCGCGUAUUGAAUUUGAAAUUUACCUCCGACGUUUCGAGGAUGGCGUUGUCCCCCCACCACACGAUGUUGAUGUCAACUUUAGCCAGUCUUCUCCGAGACCACGGGGACAACGCCGUCCUCGAAACGUCGGAAGUAAAUUUGGAACUUAAUAAGCGAUUAAGUCCCAUUUCUUUAGUUUCUUUGUCAAAAAAUUUACAUAUGUUAUACAUUCUUGUAACGUCAAUAAAAAUAAAAUUUGUGUUAAUGUAUAGUGAUUAAUUAUUUAUUUAUAUCGAAAGAGUAGUCUCACAUAGCUAUGCCCUUUCGUCUGACUUUUUUCGAUUUUUGAUUAUUAUAAAAUUAGGAGCGAAAAACAAAGGAGAGUAAAAUAGGGACUACGUUUGUAUGGAAAAGCGGUUACGCGCUGUCGUCCACUUUUGUCUUAAGGUACAUAUCAUAAAAUUCUGUAUGCUGGGGCGGCGGUCUUACUUAGGACGAGCGAUCAGGAUAGUCGCCCACAGCAUCGGUGUUUGAAGGGGGCUCCGUCGUAACAACCCGUGCAGAUUUAUUGUUAACUUAGCGCAAAGGACAAAUGCGCACAAAGGUGUAGGUACCUAUUACCUACCGCCCGGAAUCUAACAAUUGUUAAUACCGCCGCUACAGGGAGGUAACAUCACGUGCACCUGCAGCAUCGGACAGCACUAACGUGUGCGUUCAAACUUUUAAGCAUUUACGAUACAAGGUGUAACAAAACUAUUCGGUAUCGUGUUCUAAUUAGGAAAAGUAGAAGAAAAAAAAUGUUUACGCGAAAUUUUUUUGGAUUUAGAAUGGAGGGUUCGGCCAACUUUGAACAACCAGUAGAAUAAAAAAAAAAGUUUUAUCGAGUCCAAAAAUUUUUUCUUCUACUUUUUUCUUAAUCAGAAAACACGAUACCAAAUAUUCGAACCUUAAAUGAAUCCCCAAUUUUUAUUAACAUUAUAUAUAGACUAGUUUAUGAUUGAAAUAUUGUUUAAAACCAGUAAUGAAAUUGGUUGAACGAAAAUACACGAAAAACGUCAAUCAUUUUUUAUGACGUUCUAGAAUAGGUAAGUAAAUAGCUAAUUUGACUUCUUAGUAAAAUAGCUUAUUGAAUAAGUAGGUACCUAAGUAUAGCACAUUGCUUGUAGGUAUUGCAAUACACAUCUAUUUUGUUAUGUCACAAUCACAAUAAGUACUGUGAUCCAUUUCAUUUAAUGCAAAAACACGUUUCACCUUGCUUUUUUUCGUGUAUUUUCGUAUGUGCACCUGAAUUAAUCCUUUAUUCCUGUUGAGUUCUUUAUCUACAGUAAACGAGGCCUACCACUAAACUCGUAGGUAUAGUAUCGAGCGUGACAGCGCUAUGCACGUAUUUAGCGAUGUCCCGCUCGCACACUGGAGGGACGUAAGAAUUCGCAACAUGUGAAGUGAAAACCGCUUUACAAUUUGAUAAUUAUUGCCAAUCUAAUACAUUUCUUCACAAAUUAUAUUGGCUGCACAUAUUUUUAUCAAAACAAUACUUACCGCGAUUGAAUAAAAAUGUGAUGUACCUACUUAUACAAUUAUACAUUUAAAUGUAUUAUUUAAUGUACCUACUACACAAUAUCUAAAGUUGGAAUUUAAAAAGUGAUAUUAGUAAUAAAGAAAAAGCAAUAUUCUGCUUUGUUUUACGAAACCUUGAUAUUGCAAAAAGUAUAAGUAAAAAUAUAGUAUAUAGGUUAUGCUAUAUUUUUAAAUAGCUUGAUUAAAAUAGCACCGGGCGGUAGCCCCUUCGGGGUUGGCAUGGAAGUUGUUCAAGCGAUAUGAAUACGCAACUUCAUUUUUAAGUAUUUCUACUUUAAUUUUAGUUAUUUUUUUUAUAAAUAUACCUAUUAAUGUUCAAGAUUC